CUUCAACGCAUCCAAGUGGUUCCGGAGCACAUGGUUUUAUAAUUGAUGAUGGAACGAUUGCUUUAUUUCAACCGGAACUUGAAAAACUUCGACAUAUAUUGCAUUUUCCCGAGGAAUUAGCCUUUCAGUUAUCAGCAACCGAAUAUCAAUUAUUUUAUGAGAUACAACCGAUGGAUUAUGUUCAUUAUGUGAGCUGCGACUUAACUUCAGUACCAGUUGCAGAAAAUCCAAGUCCCAUUCGAAAUCUUAUUAAACGCUUGUCUGAGAUAAGUUCGUGGAUAACCCAUCUUAUAAUUAGCAUGCCAACUUCUGAGGAACGAAAAACAAUUCUUACUUCCAUUUUCCGAAUGAUCGAUACGUGCUGGAACAUUGGUAAUUUCAAUGCAGCUGUUGAAAUUCUGGUGGGAUUGAAAAGUGAAAAGUUGCGAUCAUUUUGGUUAUCGUUGAAACCUGAGGAAAAGAAAAAAUACGAACAGCUUUGUGAUGUCCUAUUACCCAGUAAUCAGACAGCUUUAUCGACUACUUAUCGAGAAGCGAUUCAAAGAGGUUUACGCAUGCCACAGUGCAAGCUGAUUCCUUUUUUCGGUGUCUUCUUGCGUGACCUAUAUGCUAUAGUAAACGAUAUGCCAAGCGUUGUGAUGACUGUUGAUGCAGAUGAUAAAGACGAGCUUGAGUUUAUGAAAGAACAAACUGACGACAGUUGUUGUGCGUCCGAAAUUGGUGUUAGUGGUUUGUUAAAUGCUGAUAAAAUCAGUCUAGUGGCUGUGGUACUUGAUAAUUUGGAAUUGUUUUAUCAUCAUUAUAAAAAUAUACCAUGUUUUGUUGUGGAUCCUGCCGGACCAAGUAUUGGGAAAGAAAAUCCAAAACCCAAGGGUUAUGACCCAGUGGAACCGGUAAAAGGUAUUGUAAGAAAUGCUACUUUGGUACCUCUGGAUACGAAUCGUUUUGAUCUGGAUGUAAUCCAGCGACUUCAUCAUGGUACCACAGUCAUUCAUUGUGACCCAUAUGCAGGUCGCAGCGCACUUUGUAUGCUGAAAUUGGAUGCCACUUGUGGCUUGUUGUCAUGGUGUAAAGUUGGUUAUUUGGGAACGAAGGAGAUAAAAGACAAAAAUGCAUAUAUCCCAUCGGUGGCACGAAUGCAAAGCGCAAAACCACAAAGUAUGACACCACUGGAGAGUCGCAAUCCUCCUUCAUCACCAAGUUUUCGACCAGCCGGAGCUGCCUGUACUGCACUGGAAUAUGGCUUUUUAAAUCUUUCCUAUGUCAAGUCCAUUGAAAAUAUUGACUCACACGACAUCGACAUUGAGAGCAUUUAUCGACGCCACAGCAACGACGAAAUGUCUGUGCAAAUGCACUGUUGGAGAAUAAAUUUUGGUUGUUAUUUGUCUGACAAUGAAUUUCUGUACUUUAUCGCACCAGAGAAAAGCGCCCAAUGCUGGAUAACUGGGCUAACAACUAUUGUAAACUACUUACUGGAGCAACAGAAAUGCGCAGAUCGACGAGUCCUAUGGCUUAAGAAGCUAUAUUUACAACUGUGCACUAAUUGCGAACAUGAUAGCGUCAUGGACGAAGGCAUUAUAUCUAGUCUACGGCCUUAUAAAGCUCUCCAAGCUUUCGGUGGCCAAACCGAAGGGUGGGAGGAUUCAGGUUUGCAAAGUUUCGUUACAAAACCACUUCAAUCGGGAACGAUUCGUUCUGCAGAAGUUACGGUGGGAAAAGGUUGUUUAAAACAAAUGACAAAUGCAGUUACGCGACGAAUGAAAUUCGUAAGUCGUGGUAGUGCUCAUCCACAAAGUCCAGAAUCAAUGAAGGCACAGUGCCAGUCACUACGAAAUUGCAUAAGUGGCCAACAGUGGACGAUAUCAGAUCCAAAUGUACCAAAGGCGAUAUCGAAAAAACGUGACAGUUCUUCAUCAACUGAUACUGCUAGUCUUCCCUCCUGGUACAAAUCCAGAAGGCUAUCAGCAAGAGCAUUAGCUUCUUUCUGGUUUGGGAAAAUAAAAAAAACAAAAGGUCUCGAAGACGCAAGUGAAAGUCCAACUGUCUACAAGGAGUUUUUGGUGUCUUCGAAAUCCUAUGAAGGAGGAUAUUCAGAGAAGCCAGUAACAUUAUUCGAAUUUAUUGAACUGUACAAAUUAUUUUGUGCGAACAUGCGAACAGAUUUAAAAGACAUUUUCAACGAUUUCCUCGUGAUGUCUGGAGGUGGCAAUGGAGGUGUAGCUAAGCAUGAACGAAAUCCAAACUUUGUACUAAUGGAACCAUCGCUUUCGGAUACUGAGUUUAUACCAAACGAUAUCCUCACAAGGAAUACUUUGACAACUCAGAACAUUGAUGGAAAGCAACAGAAGGUGUACAACGCACUAGCUCUUGCUAGUUUAAAUAGUACGGUCCUAACGAAUGCAUCAUUUCUAACUCCCACAAUGCUGAAACAAUUUCUUGCAAUACAUCAAAUGGAAAUUGUGGAUGAAGAUUAUGCUAUGAAGAUAAUACAGGAACACGAACCGGAUCCAGCUCAUCGAAGUAAUCAGCAACUUUCAUUUGGAGGAUUUGUGCGCUACAUGACAGAUCCAACAAAUUAUGCAUUUGUGCCUGAAGUAAUCAAACCUGAUCAAGAUAUGCUUCAUUAUCCGUUAAACUAUUACUAUAUUUGCUCAAGUCACAAUACUUACCUCACAGGUCAUCAGCUGAAAGGUGAAUCAUCCACUGAAAUGUAUCGCCAGGUGCUAUUGACAGGCUGUCGCUGUGUUGAAUUAGAUUGCUGGGAUGGUGAAAACGGCUUACCUCUAAUAUUCCAUGGUCAUACUUUGACAUCCAAAAUUGGUUUUCGUGAAGUACUCAGCGUUAUCAAAAAAAGUGCUUUCACUACUAGCAAUUUGCCUCUUGUUUUGUCAAUCGAAAAUCAUUGCUCACUUCAGCAGCAAGCAAGAAUGGCCCAAAUGUUUAAAAAUUACCUCGGGGAAAAACUUGUUACAUAUUUUUUGUUCGAAGCUGACUAUAGUAAUUCUCCACGACUUCCAUCACCAUGGCAGUUGCAGAAUAAAAUUUUAAUUAAAAACAAGAAAAUGAUCGCAGAACCAAGUGCUGGACUACGAAUGGAUAAAUACUUCGCCAGAAAUGGAGGCGAUCCAAUUCUGGAGCAGACCGAUGGAUUUUAUGGAAUAGACGAAGAUGACUUUGAAGAAUUUUAUGAUGAUCUAGAUGACGAAGAAGCUGAUUCGGAAAGUCCGAGGGUAACAAACCGAUUAUCAAAAGGCACGCCACUUCAAUCAUCCAGUGAAGCUGAGGAGGAGCACAAAUACGUUGUGUCCAGAUUAACGCAUGUGACAAGCGCAACAUUCGACUCGAAAACAGAUGAUGAACUGUUGUCCGUUAAUGCAGAAAGAGUGAUGCAAAGACCCAUUAAGAAAAUACCAGGACCUCCAGUUGCACCUGAGUUAUCGGAUCUAGUAAAUUAUAUGCAAGCUGCAAAAUUCAAGGGUUUUCCUGGCACGGUUAGUUUUUUUCAUCGACGAGAAGAAUCUGUCAAAUCCUCGAUGCCGAGAAUGUCUGGAGCAGGUUCUAAUUUAUUACCAAUAUCAACUCCACCACGACGGUUACGGAAUGCCACAUUAUCUGAUGGAGAAAAUAAAUGGAAAUCUAGCGAGGAUACUCGGUUUUCUUCUACUUCAUCGUCGAAGCCCAAUAGUAAUGCAUCGUGCUAUCAAGUUACAUCACUUAAUGAAUCAUCCGCCCGGAAACUUUCAAGGAAACACCCACUGAAAUUUAUCGCUUAUUCACGUGAGCAGAUUGUUAGAACGUAUCCUGGCGGUAUGCGCAUUGAUUCUUCCAACUUCAAUCCAGUCCAAUAUUGGGCAUUUGGUUUGCAAAUGGUUGCUUUGAAUUUUCAAACCACUGACACAGCAAUGGCCGUAAAUGCAGCAAUGUUCGAACAGACUGGGAAUUGUGGAUAUACUUUGAAGCCGAGGGUUUUAUGGGACGAUUCCCAUCCAUACUAUAAUCGUUUCAAUCCGCUCGGUAAAGAUACUACUUCAAUAUCCGCGUUGCUUUAUACAGUUACGAUAAUAUCAGGACAGCAUGUAUGCCCAAACCAACAUAGCGCUUCAACCUAUGUUGAGGUGGAAAUCAUCGGAAUACCAGCAGACUGUGCCAAAGAGAAGAGUAAAACAGUAAGCCGAAAUUCAGUGAACCCAAUUUGGAAACACACCUCAACAUUCCGGAUCGCUUUUGUUUAUCUGGCUUUUUUGCGAAUCUCUGUCUGCGAUAACACAAGUGGAAGAUGUAUGGCACAACGAGUGGUUCCUGUGCGCUGUAUUCGGGCAGGAUAUCGUCAUCUCCCAUUACGAACACCCACCAAUGUACCGAUGGAGCAGGGAACCAUAUUUUUGUAUUCACAUUUUGAACAAGAAGAACAUAUCUAUUUGCAUGACGAAGACAGUAAUUUCAACUGUAAUACUGAUCAGCAGUUCCAUCCUCAGACGCUCAAUAUCUCUCCGACGGCAACGGUAAAGGCAGUUCCCAUUCUCAAACGACAGAUUUUCGUUCUACGAAUAUCGGGCUUAUAUAAUGACGAUACACCAGUUAUUGUGCAUGCUGAAUCAUUCAGCACAGUGAGGAAUGUCGUGCAAAUGGCACUCACAAAUGUGGGAAAAAAUGCGGACACAGCUGAGGAAUAUGUUUUGAUUGAAGUAAACAGCAAUGAAAUGCUGAGUAACAGUGGUGAACAGCAAAACAUGCAAUCCGGGCAUCGUAUUUUACCAUUCAAAGAACUGAUCAUGAAUUUUGUUGCAUGCUGGAAUGGUUCCAUGCGACGUUUCGUCAUCAGGAAAAAAGGAAUGGAUCCUAGCGGUAGAGCUUGGAUUAGUUCUAUAAUCAAGGGUGGCGUGGGAACACCGCUGUCACUGUCAACGAUUCAGUCACCGCCUUGCGCUCAAUCUCCAUCGGAGAGAAAAGCAAAUAAUCGUUCUUUAGGGCAACACGCUGUACUUCAUAGAAUAAAAUCUUUGGAUCGAGAUGUUUUUAGCGAAAGGAAGAUUAUAACUGAUUUGCGUCCACUCACGCGUACUAUGAACGAAACUUUUCUGGUAUGUGUUCAUAACGUUAGCAGAGAUCAACCAUAUGUUAUUCUUCGACCGAGUAUUUACAGCACGGCCAAUGAUAUCAUCAAAGAAGUUUUCUUGAAAUCACGACAAACGAAUGUCACUGAAUCAGAAUAUGUGCUGGUUGAAGAAACAGUGAAGGAAACAAAAUCAGCUCCAAUUAGACCGCUGAAGUCGACCGUCUCUGGAAACAUUACCUUAUUCGGAGAGAAAAGUGCUGAGGUUGCAAAACCUUUUGAGUAUAAAAGCGUCUCUAUGCGAGUGCUGGCAUCGAAUGAAAUUGUCUGGAAAGCGCAAAGUGCAUGGAAAACAUCUGGACGUUUCAUACUGGAAAAUCGAGAACAUACCAUUCAUUCAACUAAAGAAAAAAUGAGAAGUUUGUUGCAAGCACUCGAGAAUGCGCACAUGGGUUCAUCACCAUCCAUUAGUCAUUAAGAAACUGUUGACUUGAAUAAUUUCGUUCAUCUGAACAAUUUUGCUCAAUUUCUAUAUUUUUCUUUCAAUUCAUCAGAAUUAUCCCCCAUCUACGUGCUGCAUAACGUAAUGUUUUCGUUGAAAAUUUGCUUGGACCAAAGUUUUGACUUCACUCAGUGAAGGGAAUUAUCUCUAGAAAGAAGCUGUCGAUACAGACCUCAGAAGGAGAUUGCGUGUUCAGAUACAUUAGUUUUUGUCAUCGGAUUUUUGGACUUUCUCUUC